CCGCGAGCUGGCCGGGGCCGGACGUGACGUUGCGUGCCACUUCCGCUUCCGGCUCAGGCUGCGCGGCGGAUUUCGGCGGGUGUGGGCAGUGGCGCGGCGCUGGCGGAGAACAUACUGUGAUGUCUCAGGGCCAAAACUAUGAGUGAGUUUCGGAUUCACCACGAUGUCAAUGAGCUGCUCAGCUUGCUGCGUGUCCAUGGAGGGGAUGGGGCCGAGGUUUACAUUGACCUCCUGCAGAAGAACAGGACCCCAUACGUCACAACCACUGUGUCUGCACACAGUGCCAAGGUUAAAAUAGCAGAAUUUUCUCGUACUCCAGAAGACUUUCUGAAGAAAUAUGAUGAACUGAAAUCGAAAAACACAAGGAACCUUGACCCACUGGUGUACCUGUUGUCAAAGCUCACGGAGGACAAGGAGACUCUGCAGUACUUACAGCAGAAUGCGAGGGAAAGAGCCGAGCUGGCAGCCACGGUGACUGCCAGCAGCACCACCAGCUUCAGCGCCCCUGCCACGGCCUCCAGGAUCUCCAUGCAGGAGCUCGAGGAGCUGAGGAAGCAGCUGGGCAGCGUGGCCACGGGCUCCACGUUGCAGCAGUCUCUGGAACUUACAAGAAAGAUGCUUCGAGACAAGCAGAACAAAAAAAAUUCAGGCCAGCGCCUCCCCGUCUUCCCUGCCUGGGUGUACGAGAGGCCCACGCUGGUCGGGGAUUUUCUGACCGGCUCAGGCCUAAGCACGGACACAGCUGUGCCUAUAGGCUCCCUGCCCCUGGCCGCCCAGGAGUCGGCCGUCGUGGAGGACCUGCUGUACGUGCUGGUAGGUGUGGAUGGCAGAUACAUCACCGCCCAGCCCCUCACCGGGAGACAGAGCCGGACCUUCCUCGUGGACCCCAACCUGGACCUGUCCAUCCGGGAGCUGGUGAACAGGAUCCUCCCAGUGGCUGCCAGCUACUCCACUGUGACCAGGUUCAUCGAGGAGAAGUCCUCCUUCGAAUACGGGCAGGUGAACCACGCGCUGGCGGCUGCCAUGAGGACCCUGGUGAAGGAGUACCUGAUCCUGGUGACGCAGCUGGAGCAGCUGCAGAGGCAAGGCCUCUUGUCGCUGCAGAAGCUCUGGUUCUAUGUGCAGCCGGCCAUGCGCACCGUGGACAUCCUGGCCUCCCUCGCCACCUCGGUGGAUAAAGGUGAGUGUGUUGGGGGGUCCACCCUGAGCCUCCUCCACGACCGGAGCUUCAACUACACGGGUGACAGCCAGGCGCAGGAGCUGUGCCUGUACCUCACCAAGGCCGCCAGCGUGCCCUAUUUUGAGAUUCUGGAGAAGUGGAUCUACAGGGGGAUCAUCAAUGACCCGUACAGCGAGUUCAUGGUCGAGGAGCACGAGCUGCGGAAAGAGAAGAUCCAGGAGGACUACAACGACAGGUACUGGGACCAGCGGUACACUGUGGUGCAGCGACAGAUCCCGUCCUUCCUACAGAAGAUGGCGGGCAAGGUGCUCAGCACAGGAAAGUAUCUCAAUGUGGUCAGAGAGUGUGGUCAUGAUGUCACCUGCCCAGUGGCCAAAGAGGUCAUCUAUACACUGAAGGAGCGAGCAUAUGUGGAGCAGAUUGAGAAGGCGUUCAACUACGCCAGCAAAGUCCUGCUGGACUUCCUGAUGGAGGAGCAGGACCUCGUGGCGCACCUGAGGUCCAUCAAGCGCUACUUCCUAAUGGACCAGGGGGACUUCUUUGUGCACUUCAUGGACCUCACAGAGGAAGAGCUGAAGAAGCCAGUGGAUGACAUCACGCCCACACGCCUGGAGGCGCUGCUGGAGCUGGCCCUGCGCAUGAGCACCGCCAACACAGACCCCUUCAAGGACGACCUCAAGAUUGACCUGAUGCCUCAUGACCUCAUCACUCAGCUCCUGCGGGUUCUGGCCAUUGAGACCAAGCAGGAGAAGGCGAUGGUGCAGGCCGACCCCACGGAGCUCUCUCUGAGCGGCCUGGAGGCCUUCUCUUUCGACUACGUGGUCAAGUGGCCCCUGUCGCUGAUCAUUAACAGGAAGGCCCUGACGCGUUACCAGAUGCUGUUCCGGCACAUGUUCUACUGCAAGCAUGUGGAGCGGCAGCUCUGCAGCGUCUGGAUCAGCAACAAGGCCGCCAAGCAGCACGCACUGCACUCCGCCAAGUGGUUUGCCGGCGCCUUCACGCUGCGACAGCGGAUGCUGAACUUUGUUCAGAACAUUCAGUAUUACAUGAUGUUCGAGGUCAUGGAGCCCACCUGGCACAUCCUCGAGAAAAACCUGAAGUCCGCCUCCAACAUCGACGACGUGCUGGGGCACCACACAAGCUUCCUGGACAACUGCCUGAAGGACUGCAUGCUCACCAACCCCGAGCUGCUCAAGGUCUUCUCCAAGCUCAUGUCCGUGUGCGUCAUGUUCACUAACUGCAUGCAGAGGUUUACACAGAGCAUGAAAUUGGACGAUGAGCUGGGCCGCCUGACUCUGGAACACGGCACGAUGCAGGGGCCGCCCACCGAGGCUGAGCGGGCGGAGGAGCGUACCCGGAAGGAGCUCGCCAGGAAGCACCUGGCCGAGCAUGUGGACACGCCGCAGCUGGCCUCCAGCUUCGAGGCCACCAUCAAUAAGUUUGAUAAGAAUUUUUCAGCCCAUCUACUUGACCUCCUGGCCCGGCUGAGCAUCUACAGUACCAGCGACUGCGAGCACGGCAUGGCCAGCGUCAUCUCCAGGCUCGACUUCAACGGCUUCUACACGGAGCGCCUGGAGCGCUUGUCCGCAGAGAGGAGCCAGAAGGCAGCCCCCCAAGUGCCCAUUCCACGGGGGCCCCCAGCACCAGCGCCCAGGGUCGCCGUCACCGCCCAGUGAGGCCCUCGGAGCCCUGCACCCACCACAACUGAAGGAGGGACGGGUGGGCUGGUGGGUGCUGUUGCGGAUAGAGGAGUUCGGGUUUCUAAUAAACUGUCCCUGAAGGA